CUCGCCUUCUUUACACAUGUCUUUUGCUUACAUGGGUUGCCGGAAUCCAUCGUCAGCGAUAGAGACCCGGUCUUCACUAGUGCCUUCUGGAAAGAGUUAUUUCGACUACACGGCACCACCCUGGCCUACUCAUCAGCUUACCGGCCACAAACCGACGGUCAGACGGAAGUGGUUAACCGCACUAUCGAGUUGUACCUCCGCUGUUUCGUAGGCGAUCAUCCUCGACGAUGGUUGGAAUGGCUUCCUUGGGCCGAGUACUGCUACAACACAACCUACCAUUCCUCCCUCGGCAUGACUCUCUUUCUUGUCGUUUACGGCAGGGAUCCUCCCUGCUUGCUGUCCUACGAGCCCGGAUCUACUCGCUUGGACGCAAUUGAUCACUCCUUACAGGACCGCGACGCCCUCCUCGCCGACGUCCACAUUCGCUUAUAGCAGGCCCAGCUCCGCAUGAAGCUCCACUAUGAUAAGCACCACCGGGAACURUCGUUCGAUCCAGGACAAUUUGUUUGGUUGAAGCUCCAGCCCUACCGGCAGCACUCCUUGCGCCACAAGGCUGCCUCGAAACUGGCCCCUAAGUUCUAUGGGCCCUACAAGGUUCUGCGAUGGAUUGGCAGUGUGGCCUACCAGCUGGAAUUGCCAGAGACUAGCCGAAUUCAUGAUGUCUUCCACAUCUCUUUGCUGAAACCAUUUACGGGUGUUCCCCCGGACCAAGUUCCCUCCUUGCCACCCUUGAAAGAUGGCAAAAUCGUCCCCCAGCCUAAAACUGUCACCCGCUUUCAUUUCAAUCGUGGAAUCCUUGAAGUCUUGGUGGAAUGGUGUGAUCUACCACCAACAAUCCCAUUGCCAGAGUUCCAUGCCACAUAUCCAGCUUUUGAGCUUGAGGACAAGCUCGUAGUCCAGGAGGGGUGUAAUGUUAUGGACGCCUUCCUCGGGAAGACGUACCAUCGCCGCCGGCAGCAAUAGGCCCUGGGUCCACCGCCGGCCCAUCGCCGCCGGCAACAAUCCCAUUGAAGUCUUGUU